UUUAUUAAAUGAAACAACAAGUGAUUAUUUUCUAAUAAAUAAUAAUAAUUUUAUAAAUUGUUUACGCAACUUAGCUCAGGAAUAGAUUAGCAAAACUUGUGUAUAACAAGAAUUUGGUUCAUGUACCUACACAUUUUCCCUUUCAAUUAAAAUUUUAAAAGCUUAAAAGGAUGGCAGAACGUUUUCACAGCAUUCGCCAGGAUGAUAUAUCAAAAAUAUAUAUGAAUUGCAAUGCGAAUCAAAUAACAACGCAGACUCAACUAACCCCAAUUAAUCAGCAUAUGCAACCACAGCGGUACUUUGGUACCGAGCUAACCAGUUUAGCUUCAGCCUUGAAAAGUGAUUUUGAUUAUUUGACUAACGCAAGAUUGUAUUCUACGCCUAUAUCGAGAUCUGUUGUCGAUUUAAAUAACAAUCGUAUAUCUUUGUCAGAAUACAGUGUAAACAAUUACACUACCAUGAACAGUCAAAAUGCAUAUCAUAAUCAUCAACAUAUACCAACACUAGUAACCAAUCGCCAUUAUCCAAAUGCUAAUCAGUUAAAUCAGAAUAGCUUUCAUCAUAAUCGUUUUAUGCCCUAUAGUCGUUCAACUUAUUUAGCGAAUCACCAUGACCCUAAUCAUCAAACUAAUUCUAUUAUAUCGGGCGGUUUACCAUCAAACAACAGAUAUUAUGGAAUGGCUCAAUGUUCAGAAACUGUAUUUCCAAUCUGCCCGUCACCACUGAUGGCCCCUUUAUGCUACAAUGGCCCAUUAGUUCAGAUGCCAGCAACAACAACAAGUUUACAUUGCACUACCCCAUCUACAGCCAGCUCUCUUACACAAAACUUGUUGGCUCCAGAACUAAAUUAUGUUGCAGUGACAGGAAAAACCACAUCUACUAUAAAAGACCAAGGCUCAAGUUGUACUGCAGUUGCACAGUCUACUACAAAUAAAAGUCUCGUAACUUCUCUUGGUAUGGCGAGCUCUGCGAACGUAACUCCAGCCAGAAGCACAUGCGCCCCAACAAGUCCCAACGCUACCGCUGAUACUGUUACGUUACAAAUAACCAAUUUAGAUUAUUCCAUGGAUGAAGCGAGCUUAAGAGCUUUCCUCCUUGGUCAAUUGGAGCCUAUAACUCCAGUAAUUUCGCUAAUUUUUGAGGGCAGUUCCUAUGCAAAGGUUUCUGUGCCCGACAUGUAUUUCGCAAAACUGGUGGUAUCUAAUUUACAUCGCAAGAAAAUUGGCCACAAGCGUAUGUUGGUCUCUUAUACGCGUGACUCUUCGCUUACCGAAUUCAAUACUCUACGUUGCCAAGUUGCUGGUUUAUUAAAGGAUGUUCCCUCUUACACUUUACCAAUGUACAAGUUUCGAGAACUUUUCCAGUCGCGCUUCAAGACAUCAAUCAGUGUUUUGGAUUUAUAUAAAAUGCCAGAUAUUUGCAUUAUUAACGCUGACAACAAUGAGGACAAAUUUAUUAGUUUGCAUCCUGAGUUGGUCAAUUCAUUCGAGAGCUCACCUCUAAUGGAAGGGUUGCAGCACAGUGUUCCUUAUUGCACCAUACACUUUAAACGAGAGCAACAUAAAGGUUGGGCUGAACAAGAGAUUGAACCUCUGCCUAAUGUCUGCAUGUCUAUCGCGGAAAUAGAGAACAUUAUACACCCGCUAUUAAAAACUCAUGCCGGCGAUAUCCCAAUAGCAUCUUUAGUACAUUGUAUAGAAGGACAAUUGAAUACACAUAUUAUUCCCGAUGAGAAUGGAGUCAAUUUGGAACAUUUAGUUUGUUGUGUGCAAGGUAUUCAAAUACAAGUAAAUAAUUUUGGUAUAAAAAUACUAACUUGGGUGGACAUAAAUAACAAUAAUAACAACAAGGAAAAGGAGAAUAUAAACGCGGCCAUCUGCGCUUUAGGAGGUGGGGGAAGUAUUAGUAAUGAGAAGGGUAAUUCGCAUGGGAAAAAUCCAAUAGCAGAAGCUUUACACCAAAUCUCACGCGAAGUUAUGGAGUUGGUGAAAAUGUCGCCAAAAGCCACAAUGAAAUUCAAUCGAUUCAUUCCGGCCUAUCAUAACCAUUUUGGCAAACAAUGCCGUGUCGCCGAUUAUGGUUACACCAAACUUAUUGAACUCUUUGAAGCCUUGUCGCCAGUCAUACAAAUCAUGGGGGACGGCGAGAAUCGACAAAUAACACUUACGCAUCGCAUACAAGUACGACGUUUUACUUCGGAUCUAUUAAGGAUAUUACGAACACAUUGGAGCAAAUCAAUAUUAUUGUCCCAACUACCGACCAUUUUUGCUCAAACCCAGAAUCGUCAAUUUGAUAUAACCGACUAUGGCGUUUGUGAACUGACAGACAUAUUCGAUGGUUUGGUUAACACAAAUAUUGUGCUAAUAAUGCCGGCUCACGGUGGUAAGGAUUUGUUAAUAUCAAUGCCUAAGCGCGAGCAGACUUCGAACGAACUGGAAAAAACUUGUAUAUUUGCUGGCGAAGUUGUUGAACUGUUUCGCAAUGCACCUCAAUAUAGUAUAUUGUUUCAAAAAUUUGUUCGUUCUUAUCAUUACCACUUUGGCUAUCAAUGUCGUUUAAGCGAUUACGGGUUUUUGAGGUUGGCUGAUCUUCUGGAUGCUAUUAAUGGUGUUGUGGAAAUAGAAUUAACUAGUGAUGAAGAUAAGAAAAUCUCGCUGUCACCUGUAAUAGCACGCCGCAUCUUUGCGAAACAAUGCGAAGAACUUAUUCGCGACAUGACCGGUUCCCCUAACACAUGCGUAAAAUUAGAUGAAGUAUUAAAAAUGCAUAAAAAAAAAUUCGGUUAUCAAAUGCAAUCGCAUGCUUUGGGUGCUAAGAAUAUGACUGAAGCUGUACAGUUGAUGCCUUACGUUGAGUUGACUAUGAAGGGCGAGUGCUCCUGGAUCAUAUGCCAUGGUGAAGAAAAAAGUUUUCGUAAUCAAUGCUAUCGAGCUUGUAAAUAUUUAUUGACUUUAGAGGGAGAAAAGUGUGAACAGAAGGGCGAAAAUUUUGAAGCAGAGAAAACUCAACUAACCUUAACAAAUUUCAUCUCUAAUUUUAAUGAGAAACACAAAGAAGACUUAACUGAAACAAAAUUGCGGGCCAUGAAGCAUGCGAUUGAAUUAAAGUUCAAAAAUAAUGAAUACUAUCCUUGCCUAACGAAUUUUAUUAAGUUCUUAAUGAGUAUAGUAUGUCUAUUGGAAAGCAAAUCAUCCAUGACAGUGUUGGAAAUCAAAAGCGCUCUCGACUGCGACAUUCAGACUAUAUCCCAGUACGGCUAUCCAAGUUUAUAUUCGCUAAUUACAUCACAUACCGAUAUCUUUAAUGCUGGUCCCAUUCCCACGCAGGAAAAAGCAGUGGUUACGCUCGUUAAGAACACUGAAAUGCAUUUGAAAGCCUUCGCGAACAAUAAAUCUCUGUUUGAUGCUUUGAAGUUGCCCUUCAGUAAACAAAAAGCCAUGCGCUCUACUCGAACGCCUCUAAGUGAACGCAAUACCCAUGGCUCACUUGCAAAUAAUCAAAAGCCGCCACCAGUCAAAACUCGAACUCUGUCGAACGAUGUUGGCAAUACGAGUUGCAAUUCAUUUCAACAGGCGGUCAGUUCCAAUCACCUACUCUUAAAUGUCAGUGGUAAAAACGCUUCCAAUACGCAAAACAAUUUAAGUAGCUAUUCUUCCGCGCAUUCUUCAUUGGAAUCGAAUGCUUUAGAUACUUCGCUCAUUGCUUCAAUUGGCAAAGAAAAUUCAUUAAACUCUUCAGCAACUCUUAGCAAUUCAUUUAGUGGCAGCAAUCAGUCUUAUUCGUCGUGUUUCACUGGCGACCUUAACAACAGUAACAAUAAUAAUAAUUUAAGUAACAUAAAUUUGCCGCCACCAUAUGCAGUAAUGCCAGUGUCAUCAGCAUCCUCCGCUUUGGUUUUUACUGAUCAGAUAAUUAAUAACCAGCAUCAGCAACAAAAUCAUCAUCAUCUUCGACAAGCAUUUUAUUCGAACACUAACUUGUCUGAUCGACGUCACAAUUCUGCAUUUUAUCAGCAGCAAAUUCCGACAUAUUUAGGUAAUAAGAUAACAAAUAACAACGAGUUGAAUUGUACGGCAUAUGUUAAAACAACGGAAGCUUCGACAGGCUUUUACGAAUUAGUCAAUAACAUGCGCAUGUGCCCUAUGUACCAGCCUCCAAAACCGGAUACACCUCCUGCAGAUAAUACACCAUUUUGGAUUGAUCCGAUUUGGACUAAUAAUAAUAAUAAUAGUGCCGAAAGACCACCGAAUGAUUUGCUAAAUAUACGUCUUCCCGAGCUUAGAGCCCUUAACGUCUUGCCAAUGCUUCUAUCACCUUAUUCUAUUUCAAAAAUUGAAAAUAUGAAACAAGUUUUCAAUUUUGAAUCGUAUGAUAGAAAAAUUGCUUAAUAAUUUGUUACUUUG